CCCCGCCUCGGGUCACGUCGCGGGAAUUUUUAAAGAGCUGGUGGGGGUGGCGCGACUCUGAUCAGCUGUAGAGCCAUGCAUCGGCUACAGUAUCAGCUGUCUCCUCAUAUGCUGCCACAGAGCCAUGAGCAACAAUUGCCUGCAUUCUCAAAUGAUCUCCUUCCAGAACCAUGGAUGCUGAUAAACAACACUGCUGCCAUUGAAGAUUUAUUUGGGGUGCCAUCAAGAUCUCGUUUGCUUGGUGCUUCUGGAUUUCUUGCAAAGACCGACUAUAAUAAUGCAUCACAGACUUCAAGGCUGCCUUUUCCCGAACCAGCUCCUCCAAAACAGGGCUCUGCAGUGACAGGGGUCAGUGUUGGUGUUGAUACAGAACUGGAUUUGUUGGAUGUCGAGCAGUCAAAGCGCAGGUUGGAGUGUGAUGAAGCUGUUCUGCAGAGGCGGCAAAAGCAACUAGACUAUGGCAAAAACACCAUUGGCUAUGGACGUUAUCGUCAACAGGUACCCAAAUAUGAAAGGGAGCCAGGAAUUCACCCUCGUACACCCAACAAAUAUAAGAAAUAUAGUCGGCGGUCAUGGGACAUGCAGAUCAAACUUUGGAGGCGUGCUCUUCAUGCUUGGGAUCCCCCUGAAGAGCUAUCGUUUGAGAAAGAAAUGCCAUUUGAUGACUCAAAGCAGAGUUUGUUUGAAUCUUGGCGUUCCUUUCAAGGUUUGGAGGAUGAUCUAUUUGACCUGCAGAUAUCAGAUGUACCUGAUGUGGCAUGCCCUUCUGAAGAUCCAACUCAGACUUUCUUCAAGUGGAUGCAGAGCUAUGACCCCGCACAGGCCUACAAUUAUCCAUAUUGGAUAGGGCAAUAGAUUCUUUUGCAAAAGAGGAAGUUGAUUUAAAUUGUCUCUUUAAAACAUACUUCUUUCUUAUGUAUUGGAGAGGGGCUAAUUUUGUGAGUUAGGUGGCAAUUGUAAAAAAUAUGCCAUAUAAUCUUUUUGGUAUCAUGUAUCUAUAGUAAUUUAUGGGCUGCGUUUGGAUUGCUUAUUUAAAAUGUGUCUCAAAAAAAAAA